CCAAGGUGGGCUUCUCUCGGCAGGGGUGUGAUGCCCAGCACAGCCAUGAAGAAGAAGGUGCUGCUGAUGGGUAAAAGUGGGUCUGGGAAGACCAGCAUGAGAUCUAUCAUCUUUGCCAACUACAUCGCCCGGGACACGCGGCGCCUGGGGGCCACCAUUGAUGUGGAGCAUUCCCAUGUCAGAUUCCUGGGAAACCUGGUGUUAAACCUGUGGGACUGUGGAGGGCAGGACACCUUCAUGGAGAACUACUUCACCAGCCAGAGGGACAACAUCUUCCGCAACGUGGAGGUUCUCAUCUACGUGUUCGACGUGGAGAGCCGGGAGCUGGAGAAGGACAUGCACUACUACCAGUCCUGCCUGGAGGCCAUUCUGCAGAACUCCCCUGAUGCCAAGAUCUUCUGCCUGGUCAUUUCUCACUAUCAGUGCAAAGAGCAGAGGGACGUCCACAGGUUUGAGAAAAUCAGCAACAUCAUCAAACAAUUCAAGCUGAGCUGCAGUAAGCUGGCAGCCUCUUUCCAGAGCAUGGAGGUCAGGAACUCUAACUUUGCUGCUUUCAUUGACAUCUUUACAUCCAACACAUACGUGAUGGUGGUUAUGUCAGACCCUUCCAUACCUUCCGCGGCCACGCUGAUCAACAUCCGCAACGCCAGGAAACACUUUGAGAAGCUGGAGAGGGUGGAUGGCCCAAAGCACAGCCUGCUCAUGCGCUGAUCCCAGGCUGUGGGGGCAGGAGGCAUGGAUUUGGGACUACUUUUUAGGAGAAUCUAACACUGUCGAUGUCUUUGUUGGGCUUUAUGAGUGUGCUGCUUUGUUUUCUCUCCUUUUCACGUCGGACACUAGAGGCUCAGAGGAUGUCUGGAUACACUGCGGACCUUCAGAGACUUCCCUGGCACCCCCUGGGCUUGGGAAGGAGGCAGGACAGGUGAUAUGCCCAUGGGCUGGUGCUCUCAGGUGGAUGUUUUGCUGCCAGGAGGACAUUUUAAGUCCCAAGAAUAUGGGAUAUUUAGUGGUUUCUUGGUUGGUUGCUUGAAUAAGUUUCUGAAUUUCUCCUUGUCUUCGAUCAUAAAAUUAAAUUUUUGCUACCAGGGAUUUCAGAUCCUA